UCUCAAUUCAUCGAAAUAAUUCAUUGUCACUGUCUGUACUUGUUCGGUGUGUGCGCGUGUGUUUGUAUGUGCAUUGACAGGCUUUGUAUAUGUAAAUGCGCUUGAACGGGUGCAAAAACUAGAGAGACGAUUAGAGUAGAAAUAUCAAAACAUUUUCAUUAAAUGGCAACGAAAUCGAAUGUUGUUGAUCGAAGGCAAAAGUGAGUACGAGCACUUGAAAAGUGAACGGAUAGAUUUAAUCGUAAUUUUGUGUGGUGUAUAAUUUCGGUUAUUUCAAUGAAAAACAAAAACACUAAAAUAAAUUGAAUUGCAAAAAAGUGAGGUAAAAAAAAUUGUGUUUGUUACAAACAAUUACGGAAAUAACCGUGUGUGUAUAGUCUUCGAUGGAACUGUGAGCACGCCAAAUACACAGAGUCAAGACAGAAACAAACAAAUAACCAAAACAGAAUAAAAAGAAGAAGAAGAAGACGACGACAACGGACAGCGAAGGAAUAUAUAAAAAGCACUACAGCAACAUCAAGUAAUAGCAAUAACAAUUGAGCUCAAUGUGAAACGUUCAAGUGCAAUACACAUAUGGUAGUGUGUGGUACAGCUGAAGAAAGACAAUUUGCCUAACCUUAGCAUAGUUAAAAAGCUUACGAAUGAAUAAGCAACAAAAUGCGUCACUUUACGACUUAGUUGAAAAUAGUUAUUUACAUUUUAACAAAGUGCCAAAAAAAACGCAAAUUUUAAUUCAAACGCACGUUCGUAAUUUAUGUUUUUCGAGAUUUUUUUUUAUUCGCGAUAUUUUAUUCGUACAACCUACAAACCAACACAUAGAUCAUUUAAAGAAAAAUAACAAAACCAGUGUGUUCCAAUCCAUUCAACAAAAAACAAUAACAAUAUGUUUUAAAUUGUUCUUUCGUAAAAAUUUGCGAUCAACUAGAGAAACAACAUCAAAACAAUCGUACAAAAGAGCGCAAACAAUUUAAUGGAAAUCGCUCGAUAGGAAUUCAUAGCACAAACUUAACUAAACACCAUUCCCAGAACAAAAUCAAUCCAAUCGCAAUGGGAAACCUGUUUUCAUGUUUUCAUUCCAAGAAGUCGAAACACUUCAACAACCGACAAAUUGACAAUUUUGAUACGAGCACCGAAUCGCGCUCACCAAUCGAUCCCGCUCUCUAUAUCGAACGUCAAAAAACUGACGAAAUACUAGCAGAGAGUUCAGUACCAGAAAUAAGAAAUCACGAACUACAUAUUGGAAAUAGUGGAGCAAUAGCCACCAGUUCAACGAGGAAAUCCACCAUUCUCUCAAAUGGAGCCAAUAACGUGCAUGAAGUGCACUCCGGUACAGCUGCAAAGGAUCCCAAUUAUCAAGUGUCAGAUAAUACAGUGAAUGCAUUGUUUGAGAAAUACAAAGAUGAACACGAAGAUGCAAUUCUUAUGGAAGGAAUUGAACGGCUGUGCGAAGAUCUAAAUUAUAAACCGGAUGAUUUUGCAAUAUUGGUGCUGGCAUGGCGUUUAGAUGCAUCGCAAAUGUGCCGUUUUACAAAGAGUGAAUUUAUUCAGGGAUUGCAUUCGCUGAAUGCGGAUACAGUUGAUGGUAUACGAAUGCGUUUGGAACAAACAAUUGAAAAAUUAAAAGUCAAUGCCGAAAUGUUCAAACAAUUGUAUCGAUUUACAUUUCGUUUUGGUCUGGAGCCGGACAAUCGUAUCGUUCUCUUAGACAUGGCAAUUAUAUUAUGGCGUCUUGUUUUCACCGUUCAUAAACCGGACAUUUUAGAUAGAUGGUUAGAUUAUUUAGAACUCCAUACAAAUAUACGGGGCAUACCAAAAGAUACAUGGAAUAUGUUUUUAAAUUUUGCUGAAACAUGUGAUAUAACUGCAUACGAUGACACCGAAGCCUGGCCUAGUUUGUUUGAUGAUUUUGUAGAGUAUGAAAAUGAUCGGCUCAAUCAAAAUUUGACUGUGAUGCCAGACACAAACAUCGAUGGCACCAAAAAAGAAACACAAAUAUCGGUUGACAUAAUGCCGUCAUCGCCACAAAAUUUAUAGUAUUUUAAACGAAUAAUAUGCAUUCUCAGCGUAUAGCGACAGCAAAUUUGUUAUUGACCAUUUUACAAUACACUCAAAACGGAGAGGCAGACAGAUAGAAAUAGAAAUAGAUACAUAAAAUUAAUAGCGAAUGGCGAAAAAUCAAUGAGCGAUUGAUAUCCCUCAUGAAAAAAGUAUUGUCCAAUUUUAGUCAUUUUUUUGUUUUUUUAAUUUCCAUUUACAUGGUACAGAGAAUUCAGUAUCAUCAAAUACUUAGAUAGUAGUUUAUUUAUUAUUAUUUUGUGGUUUUUUUUUUCUAACUAACAUUUCGUAUUCGAUGUGAAUUUAUCGUAUGUGUUUGGUCAACAACAAAAAUGGGAACGUUUCAAUCAAGCAUUGAUAUUUGCAGCAAAAUUUUAUUUAAAACUGAAUGCCCAAUUGUUUUGCAUAAGGGAUAAGCGUUGAAAAUGACGUAAGCCACAUCCAUUAUCGGAGAAUCGUUUGCAUUUUAGCUUAGAAAAUAGAACUGUAUCCUAGCAAAUGUGCAUAUUUAUUUAAACUCAUUGUUUUAAAUACGAAUAUUUGUGGCAAUUGACUGUUUGCUGCCGUAUUUAAUAAUGACAUUGAACGAUUAGUUUUUAUUUUGCCCUUUUAUUAUUAUUAUUUCACCAAUGUACAUAUUGAUAUUUGCAUUUAUGCAUCAAUAACGAUAAAGUCAAAACAAAAUCACAUUACAAUGUAAAAAUGGUUGGCAAAAAUUACUGUAAAGAUUUAAAAAUAGAAAUUAUUCGGUUUUCAUAGUGAGGUUUCGAUAAAUGUCAUAUUUGGAUGAGUUAAUUUUCUGAUUUAAAUAAAAUCGAUCAACAUUACAAUUACGAUUGUCCAUGUAUUGAGCCAAGAUUUAAGAAAAUUUUUAAAAAUGAUAUCUUAAGAUGUGAAAAGUGCCACACUAAACAAUAGAAAACCCACAGCAAUGACACGACAACAACAAUAACACAUAUUUUUAUUGUCAAAAUUUUGAUGUCAAAUGGUGUCGACAUUGGUGACGGUAUUUUGAAACAGACUGUGUAAUCCAUAUU